AUAAAAAGACAGGAGAAGCUGAGGGCUCAAAGUUGGGGAACUGAACUUUUAUGAAGUUCUAAUCGAGUCUGAAGCUAUGCUGUGCAGGACACGCAGACCUCCAGUCCACAGGAACAAGUGAUCUGAGGGGGAGGGGGGGGACAUCGGUACAUCUGGACAUUCGUCCUGCAGAACUAACACACUGAAACGUUAAAAGAACGCAACGCAAACGAAGUCAUGAUCAAAAGCCUGCGGCAGAAGAGCUGAAGUAAGAGGAGAACAGAGUAAGAGUUACCCAGUGAGGGGAUGGAAGAAAGCCUGUGAGAGGAAGAGGAAGAGAGAGGAAGAGUGCGGAGAAUUGCAGAAGUGUGCACUCGGCUGCAGCAUGUCUCACAGCCCGACUGCCGUGGGCUGCUGGGGGACGUUGGCGGUGAUCAUGGGCCUCAUGCUGGUCCCCUGCCUGGGAGAGUUAUGUGUGUUGGAGCCCUGCAGCAGGAACAGCAGCACCAGCAUCAACCAGCAGGAUUCUGAAUCCUCUGACAUGGCCAUGGUCAACCCUCGCAUCUCGUGGCUGCUCUUCAGACUGAACUCCAACAAAGGAGACAACAGGAAAACGAAACCUCAAAAGAAGCCCUCCAAGCAUGGGCUCCCUGGCCCUCCUGGCCCCCCUGGCCCACAGGGUCCCCCAGGACCCCCUGCACCCCAAUCUGGACAGCAGGAGGAUCUGAUGCAGGAGUUACGCCUCAGGCUGAGAGAGGUGGCUGUCACUGCUGGGACCCUGGACACCAGUGGAGGCUGCUUGCUCUGUGACCAGCUCCCACGAGUAGGGACGGCUUUCCAUUGCCGGUUGCUACAAAACUUGCCUGUACCACGGAGAAGCCUUGUGGAACUGCAGCCGUUCGGCGCCCCUCCAGAUGAGGAGAGCCAGUUCCAGAGAGGCCAGGGCUUCAACUCCAGCAGUGGACGCUAUACUGCUCCCGUCUCUGGGUUUUACCACCUUUCCGGAAGCCUGCUCAUCGAGCCCAGUGAGAACCAGCGCAAGACUCAGCCGAGGCAGAAAGACUGGAUCAAGGCAUCCAUCUGCAUAGAGUCACUCUGUCACAGUAACCUGUCCCUGGAGGCCAUGGGAGGUGCAAGUCAAGUUGGGGGUGUCUACAGUAUCCUGUUGACAGGAACCCUUUACCUGCAGGCAGGUGAAUAUGUCUCCAUCUUCAUAGACAAUGGAACAGGCUCUGCAUUCAUUGUUCAAAAAGAGACCUUGUUUUCUGGGAUCCUAUUGGGAGUCUGAAUUAACCUAGACACACAAGAAAGACAUAAGAACCAGACAAAGGAGAAAGAACCUAGACUGAGAAAGGCUGCAAACUGAAAACCUGUCUGGACUGGAAACAAGCUUCUAACUCCAGGCGCUAACUGUGGUCACCACAUAGCAUCACCAUGGAAACUCUACUCCUGCAACAGGUCUGCCAGUAACCUUUGUAAAUACACAAUGAAGUGCUUUUAAUGAUGGGUGUAUAUAGAAAUGUAUUUUUUAAAAUCUCUCUCAUUAAUCAAGCAUUUAACAUGCCAGUUCAGGUCUUUAUUUAAAUACUUUUAGAGCUUAAUUGUUGUUUUUUUACUAGGUUUUUGGUACUGAUGAUAACUUUGUGCAUUACACUAUUUACACGUAAAACAGCAGAGGUUAAGAUGUGCACUUGUGUUUUACAAGUUAGGUCUUUAUUAAACACUUUGUACCAAAAAAAAGGUGAUUAGGAGAACUCAGGUUGAGGCUGAGGACACCCAGCCUGGAUUAUAUCCUUCUCUGACAUUUAUUUGCAGUGGGGCAUUUUUACAGGUGAAAACACUCAGAUAACAUUGUGGAACUAUUUACUUAAAGAAUGUUUCAAUUCACAGUUUUAUGUGUAAAUUGUACAUGGUGUGAUGCAUGAAAUAGCCAAGAACUUCUUUUUCGUGUUGUGUGUAAUGCAGAGCUUUAAAAUGUUGUUUUUUUUCCAUGAGUGCUUACCAAUAUGGAAGAGUUGAUUGUUUAUGAGAAACCUUGGACUUCGAGCCCAAACUUCAAAAGCCAGUAUCACUGUGUAGUGAUUCUCUUUCCUGUGUUGACAAAUACAGGUGAAUAAAUAAAUACAAUGCAAUUAUGACUUAAAA